CCGGCUCCUUCCUUCCUCUCCGAGUACCGUCCCCAGGAACUGCCAUUCUCACUGUCAGCUAUGGUAAUGAGAUAACAAUGACGAGAAGAAAAUGUAGGCUAUGGUGGCCGGAACAAUUUUUGUCUUGCACAUCCAGUUCCAACCUGUUUCUCUUUGGCUGGUUCAUGGAUUCUGUAAAUUCCCUUGACAUUGUUGUAGCAGCUGCAAUUCCUUCACUGAAUCUCUCGGUCCAUCUUCUUCAGACUAAUCUUGAGGAAAUCCUUAGAUCUGUGAAUGGGAACAUGCCAGUGGGAUUUCGGGAGUCCUCAACAUUUUCAAUGCUUGGAUACUACACUGCAGAUUACCCUGAUAGAAAACUGAAACCAGUGGGAAAUCAAAAUGAUGAAAAUCCAUCAAAGACAAAAGACCAUCUACAUUGUCUUGGAGUAAAAGAUUCACCUGUAAAAGCAAAUAUCUGUGAUAUUGUCAAGAAACAGUGCAAUCAGGAAUCCGAUCUAGAAGCGACAUCCAGUGAUAUCUACAAAAGAUGGAACUGUGGAUGCAAGGAGCUUGUAGAACCUCACAGGCAAUCUUUGAUGAGUUGUGAUUAUUGGAUCCUACUUUUCUGUAAACCUCGAAGAAUCCUGUAUAAGAACAAACAGAUCCCAUGUUUGCAUCAUAUACAUCACAAUGGCGAUGUUCUGUCUCCUGUUGAUGUCCACAUAAUCAUCUAUGAACCCCCAACCUAUGGUGCAAGUCAUUUAUCUUUGAGCUAUUGGCGUUCUCCUGAGUGUGUUGGUUUGCCGUUAAAGAAGCCUAACUGGGUAAAUGAACUUCACAAGAAACCCCUACUCCUUGAUUUGAACAGAGUUCUGAUGGCACUCAAUUGUGCAAAUGCUGCUAAAAUAUUGCUGGAGCAAAGGAAGGGCAUUUCUGGUCCUAUAAGCCACUUCUUUAUGUCAAUACUGCUUAGAUUGGCAUCCAUUGUAUGGCAUAUGGUGGCAGCACUUGUGGCUUCAAUCUCUACUGUUGUAUACAUCUUCCUUCAAUUAUUCAACAAGCUCUUGAGUUUCAGACCUAGAACAUUAUCGUUUGUAUUACCAAAGAUGUUCAAGCAUACAUGGGAGAAUGUGCACAUCCGCAGUUGUCAGUUUCUGUAUUGGCCAAUUUUUCUCCAAGAUACUGGUGUCAGUUCCAAACCAAACGUUGAGUAUGCUCACAAAGCUGCAUUAAGGAAGCACUUCAUGUGGUCUAAUGUUUUGAUGGAUGUUCUCUUUGGAACUGUUCUUGGGGUUCUGUUGUUGACUAAUGUUGAAGCUAUUUGUACAUGGGUUUUGGUAACUGUUGGUCUAUUAACAAAUGAUCUGUUACGUUCGGGUUGUGUGUGGUUGAUGGGUGUUCCAGCAGGUUUUAAGCUGAAUAAUGAGUUAGCAGAGCUUGUUGGCAUGAUUUCACUCAAUGCAAUUCAAAUUUUCUCUACCCUUUGGUUCUUUCUGGGUGCUUUUCUCCGGUUGUACAUUCAGGUGCUUGCAGUAUUGGGGAUUGUAUUUGGCUCAACGGUACCAGUAGCUUUGUGCAUUGACAUGCUUAAACUUGUGACGUUGCAUGUCUAUGCUCUGCAUUACUUAAUAUCAUUUCUCUAUUCACAACAGAUCCAGGCUUUGGCUUCUUUGUGGUGCCUAUUCCGUGGACGAAAGCGAAAUCCGCUUAGGCAGCGGUUGGAUAGUUAUGACUACACGGUUGAGCAGCAUGUUGUUGUUGGUUCGCUUCUGUUUACACCACUCUUGCUGCUGAUUCCAACUACUUCCGUAUUCUACAUUUUCUUCACCAGUCUGAUUACUGCCAUUCUUUCCCUGUGCAUCACAUUUGAGAUCAUUAUUUCACUGGUUCACGCUACUCCUUAUGCCGAGAUAUUACUAUGGAUCAUAAGUAGGAGGAGGUUUCCUUCUGGAAUAUGGUUCAGAAUCAAAUAUGCUAAUUAUGAAAUGUCGGUUGAAGCUUGUUCACCUACUUACCUUGAUAUAAGGAACAAGGAUUUCUUUGUUGGAGGAUCAGAAUCUUUGGUUUCAGUUCUCUGCAGUAACUAUGCUACAAUAGGCCAAGUUAUUAGACAUUAUUAUUCUGAUAUAUUUUCCGAGGUUUCUCCAUCAUUUUGCACAUCAGUGGCACGCGGAAUGCUGAGCGGUCAAAGGUUUCCAUCUACUUUGGGAACUCAUAUGCCUUCCACAAUGCCAUGGAUGCAAAUUACUUGGAGAGAGUAUUGGAAGCUAUCCUAUACUGCAGUGCUUUCGAGCAGAUUGUAAUGUUGGAAGCCCAUGGUAGUCAGCUACUUCUACCAGCAUUUCAACUCCACGGAUCGACCUUUCUAACAUUUUUUAUAGUAAUUAUCACAUGCCGCUCCCAACAAGGUUUCGUUUGAAACUAUGGAUAGGACUUGGGAGCAGCCCCAGAUUUUGUAGUUUGAUGAAGACAUCGGGUUUUAUUAGAUCUUAUUUGAUGGAACCAAAUGCAGCAGAUGAAUUUUGUGUUCCAAGAUGACUUUUUUGCUUUUUUAUUGCUUAUGUUGCAUGUUGCUGAAUGUUCAUUUCUGGAUCUUCUGUAAGCUAUGAUUGGUGCUAAUUGAAUGCACUAAAAGUUCA